UUGGUUACCAUUUUUGUGGCAUGGAGUCAUUUAGAAUGAAAACAUUUAUUUCGGUCCUUUGAUUUAGUUGAAGAUAUAUUUCUUAACAACUUGGGAAAUAUCAAAGGACCGAACUGUUAACGAAAUGUAUUCACACAGACACUAAAUAAUCUUUUAACACAGCCUCACACAGAGUCAUCAUAUGUUAGAUUUUGGUUAGAGGAGAGAAUCAAAAUAAAGUUAAUUUAAUUAAGAAAAGCCAAAAACCCUAAUAAAUCCCCCAAAAAAAAAAUUUCAGUCACGACGUGAGACCCAAUUCGUUUUCGUCAAAAUCAUAUUCCUUCUCAAUUCCCAUUUCAUUAUUCUUAUAUCUUCGUUUUUUGUUUGUGUAUUGUGUGAGAUGAUUCGUAGGAUUUUCUGGUAGUUUUGAUUAAAUUAUUGAGCCGACCUCGAGAUCUUUCUCCCUUAUAUCCAAAUUCACAUUUGGGAGAUUUAUAUCUGUGUUUGUUCAAGGAAGUGGUUAUGGUGUUAGACAGGAGAGAUCUUUGUCUCUAUGAGAUCAGAUUUAGGGUUUUCUCUCUUGCGUGAAAAGGAAGAAAAACGGAGUUUCUUUCAUCUUUAUUUUCUUCUUCUUUUUUGCGUUUUUUUUUGCGUUUCUUUUGUAGACUAUUGUAUAGCGUAGAGUUUGAUCUGUGGAUUUAGUUUUUUAGAAAUGGGGAAUAUAUGUGUUCAUAUGGUCAGCAAUUGUGUUGAUACGAAAUCGAAUUCAUGGGUUCGUCCCACGGAUCUCAUCAUGGAUAAUCCCGUGAAGCCACAGCUCCAAGACAAGCCUCCUCAGCCAAUGCUAAUGUACAAGGAUGAUAAUAAACCCAAGCUUAAUGACACUCAUGGAGACCCUAAAUUACUCGAGGAGAAGGCCAAAGCUGAUGCGCUGAAGCAAACGAGUCAGGAACAAGAAGGAAGGAUGAGUGAAACGACAAGGAAGUGCAGUGAAGAAGAGCACAAAAAGCGAGCGGUUGGGAUCGCGUGUGCUAACAGCAAAAGACAAGCUCACAACGUCAGGAGACUGAUGAGCGCAGGGUUGCAAGCAGAUUCAGUGUUGAACACCAAAACAGGGCAUUUGAAGGAAUACUAUAACUUGGGGAGCAAGUUAGGUCACGGGCAGUUUGGGACGACUUUCGUCUGCGUGGAGAAAGGAACAGGGAAAGAAUACGCGUGCAAGUCGAUCCCAAAGAGGAAGCUAGAGAACGAAGAAGACGUGGAGGAUGUGAGAAGAGAGAUUGAGAUUAUGAAACAUCUCUUGGGACAACCAAACGUGAUCUCUAUCAAAGGAGCUUAUGAGGAUGCUGUGGCUGUUCACAUGGUGAUGGAGCUGUGCAGAGGAGGUGAGCUGUUUGAUAGGAUAGUGGAAAGAGGGCAUUACUCUGAGAGGAAAGCUGCUCAUUUGGCUAAAGUCAUACUUGGUGUGGUUCAAACUUGUCAUUCUUUAGGUGUGAUGCACAGAGAUCUUAAACCUGAGAACUUUCUCUUUGUCAAUGAUCACGAGGAUUCGCCUCUUAAGGCUAUUGAUUUCGGGUUAUCCAUGUUCCUCAAGCCUGGAGAAAACUUUACGGAUGUGGUUGGGAGUCCAUACUACAUUGCGCCUGAAGUUCUGAACAAGGAUUACGGUCCAGAAGCAGAUAUAUGGAGCGCGGGUGUGAUGAUUUACGUGCUGCUGUCUGGUUCAGCUCCUUUUUGGGGAGAAACGGAAGAAGAAAUCUUCAAUGAGGUUCUAGAGGGUGAGCUUGAUUUGUCAUCAGAGCCUUGGCCACAAGUUUCUGAUAGCGCAAAAGAUUUGAUUAGAAAGAUGCUUGAAAGAAACCCCAAAAAAAGACUCACUGCUCAACAAGUCUUGUGCCAUCCGUGGAUUAGGGAUGAAGGAACUGCACCAGAUACACCACUUGACACAACUGUGUUGAGUCGCUUGAGGAAGUUUUCAGCAACAGACAAACUCAAGAAGAUGGCUUUAGGGGUGAUUGCAGAACGGCUUUCCGAAGAAGAGAUUCAUGAGCUUAGAGAAAGAUUCAAGACUAUAGACAGUGAGAAGAGCGGGAGAGUAACUUGCAAAGAACUCAAAAGCUGUCUUGAGAGAUUUAACACAAAUCUUGACAACUCUGACAUCAAUAGUCUUAUGCAAAUGCCAACGGAUGUGGACUUGGAAGACACAGUGGACUACGAGGAAUUCAUAAAGGCGAUUGUAAGACUGAAACAAUCACAUGACGAAGAAACAAAGGACCAUUUAGAUUCAUCAGAAAAAGUGUAGUGAAGUUGGCGUGAAAGAUACAGUUGUCUUAAAGAAGUGUAACGAGUACUCAAAACUGAUGAUGACGAAUAAUAUCGGAAACUACAAAAGGGCUGCAAGGAAGAGGCAGAACAAAGGAGAAGAGAGACACAAAAGAGGCUAGAAGGAUGAGGGAGAAGACAGAAAAGAAGAAAGAAAAAAAGGAUGUGUAGCUGUUAAUUAUGUUUUCAUAAAAAGGUUAGAGAGGAAAUGAAAGAGAUGUGUUUUGUUGUAUAUAGAAGAAGUUGUAGUAGAAAGGGAUAAAGGAGACACUAAAUUAAACUAAGGUGCAAUUUGAAGAUAUUUUGGAGGAAACCUGAUUCCUGAAUGAUUUGAUUGCAACAUGUUUGAGUAAAUAUUAUUACAGAUAUGAAAUGAAAACA